AUGGGAGAAAGAAAGUGUCUUGGUCCAGAUCUUGUCAGAAGGACAACUGAAGCAAUAGAGAAAAUACGAAAAAGAAUGUUAACUACUAAGAAAAAGAAUGUUGAUCGAAAUCAAAGAGAUUUGAAGUUCAAUAUUGGGGACAAAGUGGGAAAGGUAGCCUAUAGACUGGCAUUAUCGCCAUCAUUGUCGAAUGUCCACGAUGUUUUUCAUGUAUCAUUAUUGAUAAAAUACGUUCCAGGUCCUUUACAUGUUCUAAACUACGAGCCAAUAAAAGUUGAACAAGACCUAACAUAUGAAGAAAAACUAGUGAAAAUUCUUGACAGAAAAGAGAAAGAGUUGAGAAAUAAGAAGAUUUCACUGGUUAAGGUCUUGUGGAGAAGUUCAAUGUUGAGGAAAUUACAUGGGAACGGGAAGAUGAAAUGA